AUGCAGGCCCCUCCAUCUUCUCUCGUCCCCACCAUGUCAGAACGCCCAAGAGCAGACAUCGAACACUUUCGCAAUGGAAAGGAUGUCGAAAUCGAACGAUCGCAUCUCGAAUCCCAUCAACAUGGUCCUGGAGGCUCCAUCAGCUUUGGCGAAUCCUCCAGCGGUAUGAAGAUCAAGAGCUCGAUGCUCAACUUCAGCGUGGGCUCGCCGGGGAGCGGCGGUGGAAGCCCAUUUUAUACUCCAAGUCCGAGCCCGCUAGGAGGACCGCAGUAUGGCGCUUAUCCGUAUGCAUUUCCAUAUAUGAACGGGCUACAGCCUCCGCCACCUCCCCCACAAUAUGGAUAUGGGCAACCGCCUGCAGCGUACCCAAAUGCGAGCCCAGGCGCUUACAUGAACCCUGGAUUGGGAGGUCCUUCUCACGCGCAUGUUCACCCUCAAGCCGCGUCUCCUACCUGGGGUGGGUCGUCUCAGGGACAAUAUCGGCCAGGUUUCACCCCGACCCAUCCAAGUAGCCAACCACAACAUUCGCAUAGCGCCCCAGCAAAUCUGAAUCCAUCGCGUAGGGCUCCAGGUCCGUCACCCGGAAACCAGCACAGGCGCGACGAAGAUUACGCUGCGGAAAGUGACAGCGAGGAGUCAGAAACGAGCUCUGACCAAGAGAAGUGCGACAGCCACAGAAGUGACGAAUCAGAUUCUGAGUCUGAACAAUCCCGUUGGCACACUACGUCAACGAGAACGAAGGUAGCUGUCUCCAAGUCCGCGCCGGCGAUGGCACCUGAUACAAAUACCGUCCCUAUUCCUGUCAUUGUUGAGCCAAGGAAUGAGGAAGAUGAGGACUUCGAGAAGUCUGAAGAGGCCUCUCAGCCGGUGCCAGCCCUUGCUGCAAAGAAAACAAACACAACGGCCGAGAUCGCGGCAAGCGAACCUGCUCCGGUUGUGUCCUCUACACCGACGAACAGCACCGUAGAAACACAGCCUGAGGCCCAACCCAUUGCACAACCGGUACCGGUGCAGGCAGAAACGACUGCGGCUUCUUCUCUCGCGCUACCACCACCCUCGGCUUCUGCGACGGCUAUGCUCGCAGCAAGCGAGCCCACUCCCGUUCUACCCUCUGCGGCCCCGAGCAACACCACGACUGAGCCACAGAAUGUCAUAUCUGCUGAUCAUUUUGCACCUGCGGCAGCUGCUGCCGCACCUCCGUCGUCUACACCAGCGCAGCCAGCGUUGCUUCCUCCCACGACAAUACCAGCGUGGACUCCGCCGACACCAUCACCGACACCACCACCAGUCCAAAGGCUGUCUCCAUCUCAGACCCAAACCCCCGGUUCCAGCCUAGGCGGGUCCACAGUCUCGAAGGGAAAAGAGAAAAGGUGGAUAUUCUCUUUUCGCAGCUCAAAGAGAACGGAAGAAAGCGCAGAAGAUGGAAGAGGGUCGCGCGAAAGACAAUUCAAAGAAACGAAGCAAUUUUUUCUCGAGGAAAAGAGACGCACAGGAUUGACGAGAAGCAGAUCGAUUUCGGUGGUUUCUUCAGAUACACGAGAGGGUGUUGAACGCCCGGAUGAGAAGGUGACGCCAGGUACCCUGUAA